AUGGAGCUUAUGCCUUCAAAAUUUGAUGGUGAAAGUUUUGAAAAUUCUAAAGACAAAAAAAGACCUUCUGGUAGUCUAUGGAUAAUGAAAACUAAUUACUCUACUUUUCACCAACAAGAACAAAAUCAAUCAACUACUACAGAAUUUAUCCUUCUGGGAUUUGGCAAUCGCCUUGAACUGAGAAUAAUCCUCUUCAUAUUAUUUCUUCCUGUUUAUUCUUUAUCUAUUGCUGGAAAUCUUCUAAUUGUUUCACUGGUUGUGACUGACCAGCAUCUUCAUACCUCCAUGUAUUUCUUCCUUGUUAAUUUGUCUUGCUUAGAGACCUGUUACAUUUCAACUAUCCUGCCCAGGAUGCUAGCUAGUUUUAUAAGUGGAGAUCAAUCUAUAUCAGUCUAUGGAUGCAUCAUACAAUACUAUUUCUUUGGAUUUUUUGCAGCCACUGAAUGCUACCUUUUAGCAAUGAUGUCUUAUGAUAGAUAUGUGGCAAUAUGUAAACCACUACAUUACAACAUUCUCAUGAAUGGUAGGCUCUGCUUCCAACUGGCCCUCACAUCUUGGAUGAGUGGCCUCUUGACCAACACUAUCAUUACCUCUUUUCUGCUGGAACUUACCUUCUGUGGACCCAAUGAAAUUGAUCAUUUCUUUUGUGAUAUAUAUCCAGUAGCAAACAUUUCAUGUAGCAAUACACACUUAGUAAAACUUGCUACAUUUAUUUUAGGCAUUAUGGGGACAGGGCCACCCUUUCUCAUAACAGUGGCCUCAUAUAUCUGUAUUCUUCAUAAUGUCUUGCAAAUCAAUUCUAAAACAGCUCAACAAAAAGCCUUUUCUACAUGUUCAUCCCAUCUGAUUGUAGUGACACUUUUCUAUGGGUCAAUAUUUCUUGUCUAUAUAGUUCCAGAAAUGGAAACACUAAAAGAGCUACACAAAAUCUUUUCUAUAUUCUAUACUGUCCUGACUCCCAUGCUUAACCCUCUUAUCUAUAGCUUGAGAAACAGAGAAGUGAAGGAAGCUCUGUUCAAAGUAAUUAGAAAACGUGGCAACAAAAUUUCAUAA